CUUUUAUUACUUCCUCAGACCUUCCUUCCCUCCCUCCUUCCUAUUUUCCCUUCAUAAUUCCUUCCCCUGGUCCCUAAUUUUCUGAUUUCACCCUCUGACACAUUUUUCUUCCUUUUAGUUUUCUCCACAUUCCCUUUCCUUUCCUUUCCUUCCCCUCCCACUUUUUUCUAUCCUGUUUUGCUGUAACCUCCCACAGCAUAAUUCAAAGGGGGCCCUUCAGACGUCCUCCUCAGAGGCUCCAAGUUUGCCUGGGUCCUCCUGCUGCUUCUGAAUGGAUGCUGGGCCCCCAUCUUGCUCGAGAGACCCCCCCAAACACCUGCCUUUGAGGACAACCUGACAGCAUUGACCUGAGAUGACCUCCCCCCCCCAUGCAACUCUUUCUUCCAUCUCUUUCACUUUCCGUCUCUUCGGACCAACUUCAUUCUUCCUUCAAGGACUUACAAAUGUUUUGCUUUUCAGAGCAUCUGACUGUGGCUGUGUUUAUUGAAUUUAUCCGCAGAUAUCGCUGCUUCUUCACGGUUUGGUCCUUAAAAUGCCCCCCAUCCACACCAGUUGUCAUUUUACCUUCAUAGGAACCUCCAAAGAGCAGAAUCGAAGGAGCAGAAGCAACAGCAACGGAAGGACUACGGGAUUCAUAAGGAUUUGCAUCGGACUAAAUAAUACUGGAACAUUCCCUUUUCCUUGCACUCCUGCUAUGGAUGGCAAUUUGGGAACUUUUAUGGGGGGCUGUUGAAGGACAAAAAAUUACAGUUCUUGGACUCUGUUGAUUCAGCUGGAAUAAUAAUACUUGAAGCCCAAGAGAUUUGGGGGUUUGACCUGGGCUAUGCAAGAAAAAUGGGGCAUUUCUUGGUCUGAGUCUUUGCAGUCGGAUGACCUCACCUUACGACAGGAAAGCUGCGAAGAAGGAGCCAUCCAGCCCUGGUGACCCAGUGGAACUUCACAAAUUGACGCAGGGCUGAAGGAGGGAAAGACAGAAAAGCGUGUGUUUUCAUUUAAAGGGUGGUACUUGGAACGCAACGUGGAGUUUCCUGUCCCUUCGGAAGGCCGUGGUGUGUCGCGUGCGUGGGAGGAAAUCUAUGGGUCAGCAACCUGGAAAAGUCGUGGGCGACCAACGGAGGCCAAGUCUUCCCGCCCUGCACUUUAUCAAGGGUGGGGUGAAGAAGGAAGCCUCCAAGCAAGGAGGGACCCAUUGCAACGUCUUUCUGGAGCAUGAAGCGCUUCAACGGCCCGUGGCCUCCGAGUUCGAGCCGCAGAGUCUGAGCGAAGCCGCCCGCUGGAAUUCCAAGGAAAAUCUCCUUUGUGCUCCGGGUGAAAAUGAUCCGAAUCUUUUUGUGGCCUUGUACGAUUUCGUAGCCAGCGGGGACAACACACUCAGCAUCACUAAAGGGGAAAAACUUCGAGUCUUGGGUUACAACCACAAUGGAGAAUGGUGCGAAGCCCAGACGAAGAACGGGCAAGGCUGGGUCCCCAGCAACUACAUCACCCCCGUGAACAGCUUGGAAAAGCACUCGUGGUACCAGGGACCGGUGUCCCGCAACGCGGCGGAGUAUCUGCUGAGCAGUGGGAUCAAUGGCAGCUUUCUGGUACGGGAAAGCGAGAGCAGUCCUGGCCAGCGGUCCAUAUCUUUGAGAUACGAGGGGAGGGUCUACCACUACCGGAUCAACACCGCCUCGGAUGGGAAGCUUUACGUCUCUUCAGAAAGCCGCUUCAACACGUUGGCUGAGCUGGUCCACCACCACUCGACCGUGGCUGAUGGCCUGAUCAUCACUCUCCAUUAUCCUGCUCCAAAGAGGAACAAGCCCACCAUUUACGGCGUGUCCCCCAACUACGACAAGUGGGAGAUCGAACGGACGGACAUUACCAUGAAGCACAAACUGGGGGGUGGGCAAUACGGAGAGGUGUACGAAGGCGUCUGGAAGAAGUACAAUCUCACCGUGGCGGUAAAGACCCUCAAGGAGGACACCAUGGAGGUAGAAGAAUUCUUGAAAGAAGCCGCUGUCAUGAAAGAAAUCAAGCACCCCAAUUUGGUGCAAUUACUGGGGGUCUGCACGAGGGAGCCCCCGUUCUAUAUCAUCACCGAGUUCAUGACCUACGGGAAUUUGCUGGACUUCUUGCGGGAUUGCAGCCGGCAAGAGGUGAACGCGGUUGUGCUUCUCUACAUGGCCACCCAGAUUUCCUCUGCCAUGGAGUACCUGGAGAAGAAGAAUUUCAUCCACAGAGAUCUCGCUGCCCGAAACUGCCUGGUAGGAGAGAAUCACCUGGUGAAGGUGGCUGAUUUUGGCUUAAGCAGGUUGAUGACUGGUGAUACUUACACCGCCCACGCUGGAGCUAAGUUCCCUAUCAAGUGGACCGCGCCAGAAAGCCUGGCUUAUAACAAAUUCUCCAUCAAAUCUGACGUCUGGGCUUUUGGUGUCUUGCUUUGGGAAAUCGCCACGUACGGCAUGUCCCCGUAUCCUGGGAUUGACCUGUCGCAAGUGUAUGAACUUUUGGAGAAGGACUAUCGCAUGGAGCGCCCGGAGGGCUGUCCCGAAAAAGUCUACGAGCUCAUGAGGGAAUGCUGGCAGUGGAGUGUUUCAGACAGACCGUCUUUUGCCGAAAUCCAUCAAGCGUUUGAGACGAUGUUUCAAGAAUCCAGCAUUUCAGAUGAAGUGGAAAAAGAGCUGGGGAAGAAAAUGGGGAGGAGUGUGGCCAACCCUUUUUUGCAAGCACCAGAGCUGCCCACGAAAACCAGGUCGUCUCGAAAGAUGGCUGAAUGGAAGGACGCCGAGAACUUGGAAGCAGUGCCUGUGAAGGGCCCGGCAGAAAGUGAAAGCGCAGAACACGAGCCGGCAGUGUCCCCUGUACUGCCGCGGAAGGAAAGGGCUGUUGCUGAUGGGAAUUUAAAUGAAGAUGACCGUUUGCUCCCGAAAGACAAAAAGACCAAUCUUUUCAGUGCUCUGAUCAAGAAGAAAAAGAAAACGGCCCCCACCCCUCCAAAGCGGAGCAGUUCAUUCCGGGAAGUGGAGGGCCACCUGGAGCAUAAAGGAGUCGGAGAGGACGAGACCAAAGAUAGCAGCAACGGGGUCUUGCUCACACAGCCUGCUGAUCUAGAGGACCGGUCCAGGUUCCCCAAUGCCAGCAACGAGGCAGCUGGAGUGGCCAAUGGGACUGGGAAUUCCAAUUUGUUGACCCCAAAUGUUUGGAAAAAAUCGGGGUCCUCGGCCAAUAAUCGCCCGUGUCCCGGCGAAGAGGAUGGCGGCAUGAUCUCCAGCAAGCGUUUCUUGCGCUCCUGCUCUGCCUCUUGUGUGCCCCAUGGGGGCAGGGACACCGAGUGGAAGUCGGUCACCCUCCCUCGGAACCCACAGUCCAUGGGGCACCAGUUUGACUCGUCAACUUUUGGGGGCCACAAGAGCGAAAAGCCCGCCCUGCCUCGGAAACGAGCCAGCGAGGCAAAGGCUGAUCCAAUCAACCGGGGAAUGAUCACCUCGGGUCCUCGGUUGCUGAAGAAGAAUGAGGAGAUGCUGGAAGAGACUUCCAAAGAGGCUGUGAGCAGCCCGGGCUCCAGUCCGCCCACUCUCACCCCUAAACUCAGCCGGAGGCAGCCUUUGCUCCCUUCUGCUUGUGGGGGUCCAUCGAUUGAGCAGACCACAAUGGGCAAAGCCACCCUGGGCUUCUUUGUUGGCAAAGCUCUGGCCGAGGAGUCCCGUCUACGCAAGAUGAAGCCAGCUCCAGAGAAGGAAAAAGGGAAGCUGUCGAAGCUCAAACCUGCCCCACCUCCUCCAGUCUUGAACUCGAGCAAAAAUAGCAAAGGGGGUCUUGGGCCCAGCCAUGAAGGACCUGAAGGGUCCCUGGCCAAGGGCAAGCAGACAGUAGUGGCUGCAGAGCCCCCCGUAAAUGCUGAGACUCCCAAGUCCAGUUUGUCCACAGAAGGAAGCAAAAAAGCAUUGAUGUCCUCCGUACCAAAGUCUCCCUCAUCCGCCAAAUUGCUCUUGAUGGCCGGUUCCCCUUCUCCGUCACCCCCCACCAUCUCGUCCGCUCUGGCUGCAGACCAGCCCACCUCCACAGCCUUCAUCCCUCUCAUCUCCACUCGGGUCUCCCUGAGGAAGACCCGCCUACCUCCGGAGAAGAUAGCAAGUGGUACCGUCACGAAGGGAACAGUCCUGGAGAGCUCUGAGACUCUGCGGAAUGCCAUCAGCAAAAACUCCGAACAGAUGGUCAGCCAUAGUGCCGUCCUGGAAGCGGGCAAAAACCUGUACACCUUCUGCGUCAGCUAUGUGGACUCAAUCCAGCAGAUGCGGAAUAAGUUUGCUUUCCGAGAGGCCAUCAACAAACUGGAGAACAAUCUCCGGGAGCUUCAGAUCUGCCCUGCCACGGCUGGUGGAGGUCCUGCCACCACCCCAGAUUUUAGCAAGUUGCUCAGCUCGGUCAAAGAAAUCAGCGAUAUUGUUCAGAGGUAGCAGAAGUGGAGAGGUAAUCUUUAGAUAGAGCUGACCCAAGACAUUUUGGUUCCCGGGACAGAACAAUGGACCCCAUCCCUCAAAGAGACAACACACAGACUUAGCCAUGUGGAUUGUAUCUUAGUGAUCCUCUGGGGUUGUCCAAAACCAUUGACUUUGAGCAUUCCAGAUGUUGCUUUGAUUGGAUUGCUCUCACCCUCAGGAUAUGCUCAUCCUCUGCUCCUCACAAGCCACCUUGUGAAACAAGAACCCCUCCCCACACACCUACCCGCCCCCAUUCCAUCUCUCUCAUCGGGAUUUUCCCUCCAUCUCAUUCUUAACUCUGGGAUGUCCAAGUCUGGUGAAGCUUAACUUGUCUUAAUGUUGCAUCCUUUGGGACAUUCUAACUAAUGCUUGUUUGCUUGUAGGGUGAGCUUUGUGUGGAAAGUGGAACACCACUUGUCAAGACCAAAUUGAUUGCAGGAAUCUCUCUGGGUUGCUUCCUACUUAGCCCUCUUUGCACAUUGUCAGGUGCGAAAGAUCAGGUUCACACGUGAAGGUUCAAUUAAGCUACUCUAUUGCUGAAAGCCUCUGCGUAGGAAUCUUAGCUAGAGAUCAGCACCUGCUAGGAGUUAGAUAAGGGUUAGUGAAAUUCAAGGGAAGUGGGACCUAGUUAGUUUGUGGCUACAUAGGGAUUCUAAGCUGAUGCCUCUUUUCACUCUAACCCCCCCCAAGUUCUGCCACUCCUUCUCCUACGCGCAUGGACGCAUUCUCCACCCCAUUCUCCCUCUAGCAUUUGUGUCUCCCUCUUGUACGCUGCAGCCUUCAGUCUGAAAUUAGGCAGGGCUCUUAUGAGGACCAACUGAAGCAUCUUUUGGGGUUAUUUGAUUCACUGUCUCCCUUACCCCGAGCAUCUCCACCCGUAAACCUUUUUAAUUAUUAUUUUUACCCCCCACAAGCGAUGGUUACACAAAUGUGGAUGCAGUCUUUGCUGGCAUACUCAGUUUACCAGGCUGCCCUUGUGUCUUGUGCCGAGCCUAACGGGGAAAAAAAAUGAAACUGUGAUUUAAGCUUUGAAAGAAUGGAGGUGAAGGGGAAGAUACCCCCAAAUUCAGAGUGAGUUGGAUACAGAGGGUACAAAUACUUUUGUGAAUAGUCUCUCUCCUUGUAAUAUAGACUAUGUUCAUAUCUCAGUAUUACACCUUUUGUAGACCCCACUCUGUCUUCAGAUGUGUAAAUAGCUACAACUCUUUUUCGUAAUUUCUAUAAUACUCAACAGGGGAGGGAUUCCCCCCCCUUCAUCUCUAGCUUAUGUUUGCCAAAUCCAGGACUUUUAAAAAAUCUUUUCACCCAUUUUCCUUCUCCUCUUUCUCUUCCUCCACUUUACGUGUGUUCUUUCAAAGGAUUCAAGAUGGUAUUUCUUAGUCUUUGGAUUUUUUUUUUUAUUUUAAAUAAAUUGAUGUUCAAGAAAAGAAGAAAGAA